UCUUAAAGGCGCAGGCAGCGGCCCGCAUGUCACUGCAAAUGGGCCUCGCUGCGCAAGAGUGUUGAAAGCAGUGGAGCCCGGGAGAGACCCGGGUCCCGGGACCGGGGACCCGAGGCGUCGGGCAAGCCUGCCGGUCAUCCGGGUGUCCCGAUCGCUCCUAGCCCGGAGUGCCGGUUCCGCGUUCUGUAGAAUGGGGGCGCCCGUCUCAGGAGCAGCCUCCUUGAGGAGGAAGUGAUAUCGCGACAGCAUCGGCCCUGCCGUGCAGAAAACUCCCGCGGACCUGGAACCCGGGCUGCGGUAGGACAUGGCUGAGCGUGACCCGCGGGGCGUCAGCCCCAUGCAGCAUAUGGUGGCCUCGGGCGCGGGGGCCGUGGUCACUUCUCUUUUCAUGACGCCCCUGGACGUGGUCAAGGUCCGCCUGCAGGCCCAGCGCCCUUCAGCGGCUGGCGAGCUGCCGCGUUCCUCCCGACUCUGGAGUGUGUCCUAUACCAAAUGGAAGUGCCUACUGUACUGCAACAGCGUGCUGGAGCCACUCUACCUGUGCCCCAAUGGUGCCCGCUGUGCCCCCUGGUUCCAGGAUCCUACCCGCUUCAACGGCACCAUGGAUGCCUUUGUGAAGAUCGUGAGGCAUGAGGGCACUCGCGCCCUGUGGAGCGGCCUCCCAGCCACCUUGGUGAUGACCGUGCCAGCCACUGCCAUCUACUUCACAGCCUACGAUCAGCUCAAGGCCUUCCUGCAUCGGCGAUCCCUGGCCUCCAACAUCUGGGCGCCCAUGGUGGCUGGCGCGCUAGCCCGCUUGGGCACUGUGACUGUGGUCAGCCCCCUGGAGCUCUUGCGGACCAAGCUGCAGGCCCGGCACGUGUCCUAUGGCGAGCUCAGCGCUUGUAUACGUACUGCUGUGGCGCAGGGUGGCUGGCGCUCACUGUGGCUGGGCUGGGGCCCCACCGCCCUCCGUGAUGUGCCCUUCUCAGCACUGUAUUGGUUCAACUACGAGCUGCUGAGGAGCUGGCUAUGCGGCCCCCAUAUCCAGGACCAGACGUCUGUGGGAGCCAGCUUUGUGGCUGGUGGCAUCUCAGGGACUGUGGCUGCCGCCCUCACCUUGCCCUUCGAUGUGGUGAAAACUCAGCGGCAGGUGGCACUGGGGACUGUAGAAGCUGUGAGAGUGAGACCACCCCGUGCUGACUCCACUUGGCUGCUGCUGCGGAGAAUCCGGGCCCAGUCAGGCACUAGGGGCCUCUUUGCAGGCUUCCUCCCGAGGGUCAUCAAGGCCGCGCCCUCCUGCGCCAUCAUGAUCAGUACCUACGAGUUUGGCAAAAGCUUCUUCCAGAGGCUUAACCGGGAGCAGCGGCUGGGCCACUGAAGUUUGUGCUGAGUGCUGGGCCAGUGCCUUACCCGUUCCCGCGGGGUACCCUGUCCCUGUCGCCGGACUGAGGCCUUCCUACCACCCACACCCCCAAGCUCAAGACCAGUCUUCCCCACCCACCACCCCCUGCCAGCCCUGGUGUUUACUGCCCCAACACCUGUGUCCCGCUUGUUCAGUCUCUUGUCUAAAAGAUGAUGAUGAACUUCUG